AUGGACCCUGGCAUCGCCGCCAAGCCUCAGACUGCCUCCCACACCGAUCCACUGAACCCUCCUUCCGCGUUAUAUCGCGUUCAUCCUUUUCCCUCGAACAACUACUACCUUCCUUCUCAAAUGGACUCAAGUCCAAGGUAUACUACAACUUGUAUCCCAAAUUCCUUGUUUCCUCCAGGUGUAGACCCAAAUACCGUCGAUUUCAGAACUUUCUUUCCCUACAUUCCAAACGAAGUCAAGCACAGAAAGCGUACUUCUCGUACCCAGCUAAAGGUCUUGGAAGAUAUAUUCCGUAAAGAUACAAAGCCCAAUGCUGCUCUUCGUAAAAAGUUAGCAGCAGAGCUCGAUAUGCUUCCUCGAGCAGUUCAGGUAUGGUUUCAAAACAGGCGUGCAAAGGACAAGGCUCUUCGCAAACGUGUUCAAGACGCGGCUCAUCAGGAUUCUGUUCCUCCUCAGUCUCCUCAAAAGUCCCAGUCUUCCAGGGACACCUCGCCUAAUGACUCGACAAAUUCUUCUACACCCACGGAGAAACCCAUAAACCCUGCAGAAGAAGAAGAAGAAGAAGGAGAAGGAGAAGGAGAAGACGAUCAACCGCCCUCACCAGAACCACACACAGUGGAGCGAUCACCAAGUCCUCUAACCAAGUUUUCUCCUACUCCUCCAACUUGGCAUAGUAACCCACCCACUCCUGCAGAGGUACCCCCUCAUGUUCGCCCUUUACCAUCAGACUUGUCUUGGCAGGACCACAACGACCUUUUAAACGCUCGCAGAGGCUCUUUGCCAAUCACGAUAUCCAUGCCAAGUUCAGAUGCCAACCAACCUACUUCACACUUCCCAGAUAGACGUAAGUCUAUGGACGUCAGCCUCCUCAGGCUCAUGCAUCACCCGUACGCACACGUUGCAAAGGAAAAGAAUGAUGCGAUCUUUCUCAGGCCGCCCAUAUCUCCUGCAGGGUCGGGUCACUCCAUGGCCCGUCCUCCCUCAGGCCUGGGUGGCCCAAGCAUACGCGCGACGAGUUAUGGCUCUUCUCCUUCCUACAACCCUUAUCCUCGCCCUUCCCUUGGACACAGAGCAUCAGAACCCCAUGUUUUUGCGCCCACUCGUUCCUCUCCAUUUCCUAUCGUACCGGAGGUACGUACGCCAUUUCCGUCAGCGCACGUGCCGCGCCGGCUCUCGGACAACCGCUAUACAACCACCUCCAGAGCGCUCCCCUCGCCUAUCCCAGGACCCCUUCCGAAACCCGACUUCCAGUUUGGCGCUCCGUCUUCUGCCUCGCCCCCACACGCCUCCCCGGAUGCAGAAUCCCCAGGGAACAUGCAAUCGUGGGCGUGGCCUCGCAGCGAGACGGAUCAAGAUACGGAGGACUCGUACAGUUCGACCGGUCUGUCCAGAUUCGGCUCGAUUGCGAGCAUGUGUGGGAGCGAUACGAGCGCCACCAGUGCGAUUUACUCGGAUGUCAGCAGCUGCGUUGGUGUCGAUCAUUUCGAUCCGAAUGGCAGGAGAGGGUCUUGCGCAUCCAACUCCCUCGAGACGCGCAUGUCCGGUUUGAACAUGCGGUCCAGUCAGGGCUCGCUCAACGAGGCUCACUUGAACGCAGCGACUUCGUUUUAUCAACACCGGGAACACCUUUUGUCGCAGGAACCUGGAUAUACUUCUCCUGCUUCAACUAUUUCACCCGGAGGAAGUCCACACGCUGCAUAUGGCAAGGACCCUGGUCCGUCUGGUCUGCGAACGAGCGAAACUGCGUUCGGUUAUAAUUCGCUCCCACCAGAAUCCAGCGCCAACACUUAUCUAGGUCCCACGGAGGCCGCGACAGCAAGUCGCAGGCCCAGUAUACCCACCAUCCAAGAAAUACCGCACAGCCAUAUCCAAAGCACCAACCACAACUCUCCAUACCCACCUCCCAUAGACACCUCCCCAUCAAACGCAUACCAUUUCGCUCCAGACGGCAGCCAAUACAACCAUGCCCAUCCAGGCAACUAUACGUCUCAUCCGCCAUUCCCGCGCGAAAGCACGUUUCCUCCCACGGAAGCUUCAUAUGCUCAGCCUGGGAUGCAGUACCCUGCAGAGGGCAGUUAUUCAUUGAACAAUGCUGCGCCUGGGAUGAAUUCGUAUGUGUCGCCUCCGACUGAGUAUGCGUUUGGUGUGCCGACUGCAAAUGGUGCGGGGCAUGGUGGAGAGCGGUUUGGUGCGUAUAAUUAGCGGUCGUUGCUUAGACUGCGACUAUC